AUGCCCUUGACCGAGAAGGUGGGACCAGGCAUUCGUGCGAAGGAGCUCACUGCCAAGGUAACCAAGCUCGGGCGGGAAGGCAAAUGGCAGCCUGCUCUGCUAGUGUUGGACGAGGCUCGCGAUGGUGGACUUCUCGACCUUGUUCUUUGCAAUGCAGCAGUCACAGCAUGUGCCCGCAGUCAAGCUUGGCAGGCCAGCCUGUCACUGCUGCAGACAAUGUCCCAGGGCAGGGUGAACCCAUUGCCAGACCGCAUCACGAUGAACAGCGCCUUGAAUGCCUGUGCCACUGUGGCGCAUUGGGAGAAAGCCUUGCAUCUGCUGGAACUCCAAAGUGGAAGGAGGGGCUUGCAGCCCAACACGGUGAGCUUCAACACUGUAAUCAAUGCUUGUGCAAAGAGUGAGCAGUGGCAAGAAGCCUUGCACUUGUCUCCUGGAAGGCUCUAUACGAUGGAACAUGAUAAGAGAGGCCCAAGACCUGAUCUCUUUAGCUUCAACACUGCCAUGGCCGCCUGUGAUCCUGGGCAGAUUCUGGCAUUUCUUCACUGGUCUCCCAUUUUUUCGGACGAAGAAAGAGGGCAGUGGGCGCUGGCGGACUUGCGUGUUGCUCUUGGAAUCUUCCAUACAGAGAGGUGUCAUACAACACGAUCCUCAGCAGCGCCCGUGGUGAAUGGCAAAGAGACGCUUUCUCAGAUGUUUGAGACAUCAGACCAUGACUUGAAAUGCCGCCAGGCCGUCUUGAGCUUGCAAGUGCUAGCUGCCUUGGCAUUUUGGAUUGCCAUGAGCGCAAGCAUGAUCAUAUUUAACGCGGCUCUCCUGCAAGGAUUCAGACACCCAGUUUGGCUGACCUUCUGGCAUCAAUCCGUAAGCAGCUUACUAGUCUUUUUGCUGCGGCUGAUAAAACCAUCUUUAGUCAGCACGGGGGACGACAAGGAUGGAAGACCUGCACUUACCUUCCUUGGCGCCCUGCGUAUCGGUGUGCCAGUUGCAGCAGCUCAGUGUGUUGGCCUCAUAGCGGGGAAUACAGCUGUGAUGUACAUCUCGGUCAGUUUUUGCCAGAUGAUCAAAGCUUGGACUCCGGCGUGUGUCUAUGUGGUGGGCUGUUUGGUGGGGACACAGAAAUGGUCAUCAGCAACUGCCAAAACCCUUGCCACCAUCACAACAGGCCUCAUGAUCACUAGCGUUGGUGAGCUCAAGUUCGAGUUGUAUGGCUUUAUCAUGCAGUGCACUGCGCUGCUUUCUGAGGGCCUACGGAUCAACCUGCUUGAGAUUCUGCUGAAAUCGGCUGGUUACAAACUCAAUCCGCUUAGCUCGGUGAUGGUAUUUGCACCAGUUGCAUCGAGCAUUUUGCUGAUAAUUGGCAUCGUGACAGAUCCAGAUGCUGUAUCCAUGGAAGUUUUGCACAACAUAGGGGAGGUCGCAUUGGCUGCCAAUGCACUCAUUGCAUUCCUCCUGAACAUUGCCAUCUACAUAGCAAUCCAAGUUGCAUCUGGAUUGAUCUAUGCUUUGGCGGGAAUUGUCAAGGACAUCUCUAUCAUUAUGGGUUCAGUCAUCCUGAUGGGCAGCCCGGUUUCUGGUAUUCAAGUGCUUGGCUACGUAAUUGCUCUUCUCGGUAUACAGGCAUAUGGUCAAGUGAGCAAAGCACCAGCAAAGUUUGAAAUGGGUGUCAUCAAUGGCCUCUACAGAGAGCUGAAGGGUGGUCAUAUGUCACAACUGGAUCCUGUGACGCCACUGAGCGUUGGCGCAGCAGUUGUGUCCCGGAGUGGCAAGCGAGAACCAAAUAACUUUGAGUUCCUGGAGGUGGAUGACAUUGAGAAGGCCAAAACGGAGAUGACUCAUCUGGAAUCGAACCAGGAGGACGAUAGCAACUCGACUGGACCAUAGUCAGAUAGUGGUUCCCCGCGGGCAGACCUUCACUAGGAUGCCCUCGGUUUGAUUCUUGAACCCGAAGGAGGGGUCUAAGAGCGCACUCUUUGUAAAUGAGCCAAGCAAAAGCGAGGCACAAAUGGAAAAUGGCAAGGGCAGUGCUUGGUCAAAGAUAUCUACCAAGCAAAAUGGUGCCAAAAUGCAUGUGACCAGGCAGGUUUGGCUGGGUUUCUCAAGCCCAAACCUGCUUGGCAAAGAAUUGACCGUAGCAAGAGUGGCGACAAUUCAAGAUCAAUUGCGUCAAAUUGUGUCCAUUCAACCGGUGGAUUCGACAGUGAAAUCUGCGCUUGAUGGAAAUCCUCGCUU